AAUCCUUAAAGCAGCUAAACCCUGCUUUAAAUAAAAUCUUUUAAUAAUUUCUUUGAACUGACUGAAGCGAAUUCAACGAGCUUUGCAUUGUGGGUACAAGCAAAUCCAAGAUGGCGGCGAGCAGGCGACUGCAUAAGGAACUUGAUGAAAUUCGCAAGUCUGGAAUGAAAAAUUUCCGCAACAUUCAGGUGGACGAGUCCAACAUUCUGACCUGGCAAGGACUCAUUGUUCCUGACAACCCUCCAUACGAUAAAGGUGCAUUCCGGAUUGAGAUCACAUUCCCUGCAGAAUACCCUUUUAAACCUCCGAAGAUCACAUUUAAAACAAAGAUCUAUCACCCGAACAUCGAUGAGAAGGGUCAGGUGUGCCUGCCAGUUAUAAGUGCUGAGAACUGGAAACCCGCAACCAAAACUGACCAAGUAAUCCAGUCUCUCAUCGCCCUCGUCAACGACCCCCAACCAGAACACCCGUUGAGGGCCGACCUAGCGGAGGAAUAUUCAAAAGACCGUAAAAAAUUCUUUAAGAAUGCAGAAGAGUUUACAAAGAAACACGGUGAGAAGCGGCCAGUGGACUGAUAUCGCAUGGGCGCGUUUCCCAUGUUUCCGCUUUGCCCACUCCUCCAAAACCGUUUCCCCCAAUCCGAGUCCCCGCCAGUCCGCCCUCACUCUCGGUCACCCGUGGAUCCAGCGUCCAGCAUCCCAGCCGCAUUUCACCUUCGGCAGAAAGACCCGAGACUUCUCAGCCUCUGGGUGUCGAAGUAUGUUGAAAUUGUGAUCAGGGGAACAUGCAAAUGAGAACUUGAUAAAAGUGGUGAGAUUUGGGGGUGGGGAAGGACGGGGGCAAAAGGUUGUUCCUUUUAAUUUGUUCUUAAAUUGCACAGAGAUGUGUUCAGGUCAUGUAAUCUGCUGUGUGAUAAAUCUUGACCGUUUUCAUAGCAGAAUUCUACGGUGAACCAGAGUAUAAUGUUAAGUCUUUCACUUUCACAUUUAUGACAUUGAGGAAAACAAAUCCAAUAGUUCAUUGAAUGAAAACACAUAAUACGUCAAAGGUGUGUGGCAAAUGUUUCUUUUAUAUUUCUCUCUCAUCUCUGUAAUUUUUUUUAUUUUUUUUCUUAGGUUGCACUGUUUUCUGUGGAAUAAGAUUUCAUGUUCGUCAUAAUCUCAGUUUGUAACUCAUUGAAUCACAAACUAGUCACUGUCACCAAUAUAAUGUUUAUGAUGUCAUAAAAAGUAAAGCAAAAAUUA